AUGGCACCACAAAAGAUCAUAAUAGAUACCGAUCCCGGAGUGGACGAUAUGCUCGCACUUCUCCUCGCUCUCUCCGCCUCCCCCGACGAACUCGAGCUCCUUCUCAUUUCCCUCACCUUCGGUAAUAUCAACAUCGAGAACUGUCUCCGCAACACAGUCUCGCUCUUCCAUGUCCUCGACCUCGAGAAGCAAUGGCGCAGCUCCCGCGGCCUCCGCACCGGUUUCUCGGCCCUCGAGAACACAAAGCCCAUUGUCGCUAUAGGCGCAGACCGGCCCCUCGAGGAACAAUUACUCGCCGCAGACUACUUCCAUGGCCUUGACGGUCUCGGGGGUGUCCACACUACCGCGCCCCAUUUCACCCCCUCCGAAACAUGGUCUCACAUCUUCAACUCCACAGCCGCCACCCCAGCACCCCCAAACUUCACACCCUCCUCCACCCCCGCCCACCUCGAGAUCCUACGCAUCCUCGCAGAAAACCCACCAAACACAAUAACCAUCAUCGCCGUCGGGCCACUCACCAACAUCUCCCUCGCCGCAACCCACGACCUCCCAACCCUCCUGCGCGCCAAAGAGGUCAUAAUAAUGGGCGGCGCAAUCGACCAAGAGGGCAACGUCACCCCCGUCGCCGAGUUCAACCACUACGCCUGCGCCUACUCCGCCGCGCACAUCUACGCCCUCACCUCACCCCACCCCUCCGGCACGCUUCCAAUCGGCAGCCGCUUCACCCUCAACCAGGCCCCCGCCCCCGAGAGGCCGCUGAAGCUCAGCAUAUUCCCCCUCGACAUCACCAACCGCCACCUCCUCAGCGAAGCGGUCUGGCGCGCCGCCACAGCGGACCGCAAGGCGCAGGGCAGCCCGCUGGCGCAGUGGUGCGACGUCUUUGUGACGGCAACGUUCAAGAAGAUGAAGGAAAUGUACCUGCAGAGCACCGGCGGCGGCGGCGAGGCUGCGCGGCGCGACACGGUCGACAUCAGCAUGCACGACCCGCUGUGCGUGUGGUACGCCAUCUCUGCGCUUGCGCGCGGCGAGGAGGGGUGGGUCGUGCACGAGGGGCGGGACAUCAGGGUUGAGCCGGCGGGGCAGUGGACCAGGGGUAUGUGUGUGGUUGACCGCCGGCCAAAGAAUGUGGAGGAGAACUUGGCGGAGGCGGUCAAAUUGGGAGAUGUGGGCGUGUGGCUGCAUAGGGGCCAUGGGAACCGCGUGAGGCAGGUGGUGGAGAGUCCGGAGGGGACGGAUCGGAAGUUUGGGGGGUGGAUGUUGGAGAGGAUCUUUGAUGUGGUGUUGUAG